CCAUCCAUGCAUGGAAUGAAAAUGACAGGAAUAGCCUUGUCAAAGCUUCUACGAAGGCGAGGUGCAAUUGCCAAUGGCAGUCCGGUUGGGCAACCAGAGAGAGAGAGAGAGAGAGUCUUUUCUGUCGCUGCGCUGUCAUAUGCUGAACCGAUCGCAUCUCUCCAUAUCCCAUAUCCCAAUUUCUCCGUAUUUUCUUCUUUUCAUCUUAUAAAUUGCAUUUCCUCUGCACCCAAUUGCACAAUUCAAACCUCUCUGCUCUGUUUAAUUGAGUUUAAAUGGCGAGAAAGGGUGGUGGUGGUGGUGGUGGUGGUGGUUUCCACGAUCUGCUGCCGGUAAUGGCGGAGAAAUUGGGAGGAGAAGGGCUGAUAAACGAGCUCUGUAAUGGGUUUCAGAUGCUGAUGGACAAGGAGAAGGGCGUGAUCACUUUAGAGAGCCUUAGGAGAAACUCUUCCCUUUUGGGUUUGUGGGAUAUGGGAGAAGAGGAGCUUGUGAGCAUGAUGAGGGAAGGGGACUUGGAUGGCGAUGGCGCUUUGAAUCAAAUGGAGUUUUGCGUUUUGAUGUUCAGAUUAAGCCCUGAAUUGAUGGAAGAGUCUCUGUAUUGGCUUGAUGACGCUUUGGAAAAGGAGUUUAAAGCAUCUUGAUGCCUUUUCCUUGCGAACAAGAACAAGAACAAGCCACACCACGGCGGCCGGCCGCCAUGGCUGGUGAGGAACAGGAAGCUUCUGGGUUUCCCAUUUUCAUGUCAAGUGUCGGUCGGUGUGGUGUAUUCUAUGUCGAUUACUCCAAAAUAGAAAUGAAUAAAGGCAUGGCAAAGUGUUUGUUUUA